CGGAGUUUCAACUGCCAUCAUUUAUUACUCCCGCAGCUUUUGUAUUAAUCCCCAAUUGGCUCCAAUAACAACCACAAUUUCAAGAAGAGCCGACAAGACCGAACCCGAUGUGAACAAAACUACACUUCAUUCCUCUACAUGGCUUCUUAUAUUCCUAGCUUCUCACCAUCGCCAGGAACGGCGCCAUCACCGCUAUCAAAAAUGUCGUCCACCGCCAGCCAACCCAAUGAAACUACCCAGUCCCAAUCACAAACACCACCAGCACUGACACUUCAACCCUCCAAAAAAUCCCGCAUCCCAAACUCUACAAAGCUCCUCGUCGGCGGCACGGCCUUCCUCAUCCUCUCCUCCAUCAUAACCCGCCGCGCCCUGCUCCGCAAGCGCAUGAGCUCACUCCCGCCUACGUACACCAGUGCUCCCUUCCACCAACCGCCUGUUAACGGAGCCCUCGAGGCCCUCGAAGCACUCAACAUCGCAACGAUAAAUGUCGCCAGCGUAGCAAUGAUUGGCGUCGGGGCGGGAAUGUACGCGUUUGACAUUAAUACCAUGGAAGACUUGAGGCGGAAGGUGAGGGGCGGGUUGGGAAUAGAUGGGACGGGACGGUCGGAGCAGGAUGUCGAGGAGGAGUUGGAGGAAUGGGUUGUUAGUGUGAUGAAUCGGAAGACGGAGAAGGAGAAGAGAGGGAGUGCGGUGGAGCGGGAAUAUGUCAAUGAGAGGGGGAAGGAGAGGUAGGGAUAGGGUUGGGAUAUUUUGCAUGUGUUGGGAUGAGAGGGAAGCCGGUGGAGGAUAUAUUGGGGGAAUGAAUUGGAGGGCAUAUAUAACUCGCCACGCCAUGUUGCGAAUGCGAGUGAUCUUGAGAAGAGGACAAUUAGGUAUAUUUCGGUUCUCCCGGGACGUUGAAAGGGGUUCUUAUAAUCACCACGAUUUAGAGCGUGCGGCGCACGACCUUGGAAUCAUGUCAUGUAAACAUGACAUUCUCUUGUUCCGUUGGAUUACGUCCCGAAAAAUCUACUGUAUCAUAGCGCUUUUAAAGAAUUUUGGACGAGAGGACAGAUUAAAAUGGAUAUAAGAUAUUUCAGGAAAACUUAACCCAUAAAAGCUACGCCGUACAAAUGGCAUAACAAAUGUCAUAAAUGAAAUACCGCAUCCCAAUGAGGUAGGCAAACACACAGAACUGAAAAAUAAAAGCUAGCUGUUGGGUAGUAGUACAGGGUAAAAAGGAUACAUAUCACGAUACUAUCAACCUACUCCUCCUUCGACAUUCGCUCGUAUCGCUCACGUGCAGUUUCCUUUGUCUUCUCGAGGAACUCAUCAUACCUACCCCUCGUAUUCCUUCCGGCUUCCUGAACGGCAUCGCCAACUUUGCCUCCCUGAGCACCCAACCCAACGCCUUGCACAUACAGAUCAGUAGCGAUUGGGGCUGUCAUCCCUGAGCCUUCCGCGCCGAGUCCAGAACCAGCAGACCAGCCCAUUUUGCCGAGAAGAGCUGCGCCUUUCGAAAUGAGAGGAACCUGUGGUGCUUCCUCAAUUUCCUUUUCCACUUUCUUCUCCUUCGCUUUUACCGAUGGCCCGAAAGCCUGACGACGUUCUUUGGCC